CAUGAGCAGGGGGCGCUAGUCUGCCAGGAUGUUUCCAUUUGAGUCUAUUGGCUGCACUGCUGGGUAUAGGACCCUAGGUGGGGAUCCUCGCGGCCACAAAUCCUCUAUCCCCAACUCCAAUCUCGUUCGUUUGCACCAGUAUUUAGUUUGGAGCAUUAUGUUACCAAUCACUCGCGUCCCGUCCUUUCAAACAAAUUCAAAUCCACCUAUCUACACUCGGAAGGCAAGGAAGGAAGCAACGGCAUGCUGCUCGUCGUCGCAUUCCUCCUCGCCGCGGCCGCCACUUGGCAGCCGGCACUCUCCGCGCCCGCGCCGGCGCCAGCCUGCCACGGCGGCGCAAGGGCGGAGGUGGAGUUCGUGCGCGUCUGCUGCGCGCGCACGCUCUACCCGCGCCUCUGCCGUGCGGGGCUGGCCCCGCACGCGGCCUCCGUCCACUCGAGCCCCGCGCGCCUCGCCGUGGCCUCCGCCAACCUCACGCUCGCGGCCCUCGGCGCGCUCGCCGCGCGCAUCCCGCCGCCCGGCCCCGGCGCGCCCUCCGGCUCCGGCGCGCUCGGCGACUGCGCCGAGGCCGUCGCGUCGGCCGCGGGCCAGGCGGCGCGCGCGGCCGAGCGGCUGCGCGGGGUCGAGCAGGCCGUGGGGCUCGAGGUCCUGUGGCGCGUGGACGACGCGCUGACGUGGCUCAGCGCCGCCAUGACCGACGAGGACACGUGCGCCGACGGCCUGGGGCCGCGGGAAUCCGCGCCAGCGCCGGUGAGGGCCGAGCUGCGCGCCAGGGUGCGCCGCGCCAAGCAGUACACCAGCAUCGCCCUCGCGCUCGUCAACAUGCUAGUCAGUAAUAAACCAAGAAGUUAGCCAGACGCCCCCGAACCUUGGUCUAUUCUACGGCUGCCUCACACGUGGAUGCGCCACAAUGGUCAGAGUGACGUGCCCGUCACGUGCGAAGCCUGGUGACUUCGGAUAUCUCACAGCCACGCGAUGUUCUUAGGUAUAGGUUGUAGGUCUAACUCGCGUGUGGCGUGCGUUGGUGUGUGUGUGCGUGAGUGUAGUGGUAUGAGUUUGUGCGUGAGUUCAGAUGCUACAACUUGUACUUGAAGGGUUAAGGUAUCAAAAAAAAUAGAGAGAAGGGAUGGAGCUAUUUUUUUCGAA